CAUGCAAAAAAAAUGAGAAAAAAAAAAGAACAAACCUUGGAACCUUUUUUUUAGUCAAUUUAUUAAUAUCAAGUUAGCAAAGGAUUAUUUUCUUCUUGUGUGCACUGUGUUUCCAAAGAGGAGAGAUAUGAAAAGAAAUGGUCGAUGUGGUGCCUGUAGUUUGGAAUUGGACUUGUGGGUUGAAUUGGGAUUUGCAUGCUGAAUGAGGUGUCAUGAGAAUUGAGCCUUUUCUUGUUUGCAUGUCGCUGUAAACUAUUAGUUUGGUGUUUGAGGUGCUAUGAACAUUCUCUUCAACUGACACAAGUUGAAGAAUUUCAGCUAAAUGGGUUUAGAAUUUUUAUCCUUGUUUCAGCUGGAAACAAAGAGAUUGCUAUGGCUUAUUGGCAUUACAUUUGCAGUGAUCUUAACUUUCCAGUACCUCGAGUUUCCAUAUGGAACUGUUCUACUCUCUCUAUUCUCUGCUGAGAAGAUACCAACACCAGGAAGUAGUACAUUCAAGGCUUCAGAUGCACCGUCUAUUUCCGAAUUGGUUAACAAUGUUACGCUUUUCAAUCCAGCAAACUCUACUGGUGACCAUGCCUUUGAGAUAGCUAAUAAAACAAAGUCUGGGGAAAAUGACACCAUUCCAAGAACUGGCUUUGUCUUGGAACCAGGAAGCACACCAAACAACUCUCUAGGAUUAGAUGGCUCUGACCAAAGUUCCAAAACGAAAAGUAUUAAUAGAUCAGAAAAUGUAGCUGAAACACCGCAGGGAGGAGAUCCUGGACCAAUCAGUUUUAACAAUACUAUUGAUUUGAGUUUCUCUGCAAACCAGUUCCAAGAAGACAACAUUUCAUCAACUGAACAGAAAUCUGGAAGUCAAUAUGCUUCUUCGACAAAUGUGAGCACAAACAUUGUAACUGCAGUGUUAUCAAAUGAUUCCUCCAUAUCUUUAUUUCAGAAAGACAACACAACUAACUCCAUAAAGGAAGAGAGUAUUAGGUCAUCACAAAAUGAUGCCAAGGUAAGUGUGCCUAAUGAGAAGAAAGAUUCCCAUACACCAAUUCCAGAAGUUACAACAGUAUCUGAAAUGAACAAGUUAUUACUUCAAAGCCAUAAUUCAUAUCGUUCUAUGAGACCAAGCUGGUUUUCAGCUGUUGAUCAAGAGCUACUACAGGCCAGAUCAGAGAUUGAAAAUGCACCAAUUGUAAAGAAGGAUCCAAAUUUUUAUGCUCACAUUUAUCAUAAUGUUUCCAUGUUCAAGAGGAGCUAUGAAUUAAUGGAACAGACUCUCAAAGUGUAUGUAUACAGAGAAGGAGCUAGACCAAUAAUGCACUCCCCAUUUUUCACAGGACUUUAUGCUUCUGAAGGAUGGUUUAUGAAGCAAAUGGAAGCUAAUAAGAGAUUUCUAACUAGAGACCCAAACAAGGCCCACUUGUUUUACUUACCUUUUAGUUCUCGAAUGCUAGAGGAAACAUUGUAUGUGCAGAAUUCACAUAAUCAUAAGAACCUGGUUCAGUAUCUGCAUAACUAUGUUGAAAUGAUUGCAGGGAAAUAUACUUUCUGGAACAGAACUGGAGGCGCUGAUCAUUUUCUUGUUGGUUGCCAUGAUUGGGCCCCUGGAGAAACUAAGGUUGACAUGGCUAAUUGCAUACGAUCCCUUUGUAAUGCUGAUGUGAAAGAAGGAUUUGUUUUUGGGAAGGAUGCAUCUCUUCCCGAGACGUAUGUCCGCGAUGCUAAGAUCCCCACUAAGGAUCUCAGCGGGAAUUCAGCUUCGAAGAGGACAACGCUUGCAUUUUUUGCAGGGAGCAUGCAUGGUUAUGUGAGGCCAAUUUUGUUGCAGCACUGGGAAAACAAAGACCCUGACAUGAAAAUCUUUGGGAGAUUGCCAAAGUCCAAGGGCAACAGGAACUACAUCCAAUACAUGAAGAGCAGCAAGUACUGCAUUUGUGCCAAAGGCUAUGAAGUGAACAGUCCAAGAGUGGUGGAAGCCAUUUUCUACGAAUGUGUUCCGGUUAUAAUAUCCGACAAUUUUGUGCCUCCCUUUCUCGAGGUUCUGAAUUGGGAAUCCUUUGCGGUUAUUGUUCUGGAGAAGGACAUUCCUAACCUGAAAAAUAUACUCCUUUCCAUCCCAGAAAAGCAGUAUCUUCGGUUGCAGAUGAGGGUAAAAAAGGUGCAGCAGCAUUUCCUUUGGCACAAGAACCCUGUCAAGUAUGACAUAUUUCAUAUGAUACUUCAUUCUGUUUGGUACAACAGGGUCUUCUCUGCACCAGCUAGGUGAUUAACUUGAAGAAAAGGGUAUGAGUAGAGUUUUAGAAUCUUCUUUUUCUUGGUUGCUAAGUUUAGCAAUUUUGGUCACCAAAUGAAAUAUUGAUAAGGUCAUUUGUUGUGUACAGCUUUUGAGGUUUGUUUGUAAAUAAAAUAAAAUGUGUAUUUUUCUAGUGCUGACUAACAGUUUGUCUUCCUCUGAAUACUUUUGUAUGGCUAUCUUGCAUUCUUUGCCCUGUA